AUGUCCGAACGAGGUUCGUUCCGAGGAGGUCGUGGUCGCGGCGGAGGUCACGAUCGAUCUGGCGGCCGUGGCGGUGCCCACUCCUCCCAGCACAGAGGUGGCGGUGCGGGUGGCGGUGCGCAACAGCAGCACCAGCAGGAGAAGCCCAAGAAGGAAAACAUCCUCGAUCUGUCCAAGUAUAUGGAUAAGGAGGUUAAGGUGAAGUUCAAUGGCGGCAGAGAGGUGAGCGGAAUGCUCAAGGGUUAUGACCAGCUGAUGAACUUGGUGCUGGAUGAUGUGAAGGAGAGUAUGCGUGAUGACGAGGGCAACGAAACCACCCGCUCCCUCGGUCUGAUUGUCGCCCGUGGUACUCUGAUUGUGCUCAUCUCUCCUGCGGAUGGCAGCGAGGAAAUCGCCAAUCCUUUCGUACAGCAAGAGGAAUAG